AUGCAAUUAGUGAUUUUGUUAUUUGCUGUUGUGUCGUUUGGCAUUUCGGCUAAGGCCGUUCCUUUGAACGUUUCAGUGUAUUACGAGUCAUUGUGUCCUGAUAGUAUCAAGUUUAUCACAACUCAGCUUUAUCCAACUUACCAAUUAAUUCCAUCAGAGUUAAACAUUCAGUUAGUGCCAUUUGGUAACGCAAAAAUUGCGAAUUUGUCAGACGGUACUUUAAAUUUGACUUGUCAACAUGGUCCAGAUGAGUGUUACGGCAAUGAAAUUCAAGCGUGUGCGAUUUUUUUCGAUUUGAAAGAUUCAAUUGAUUUUGUAAAUUGUGCAAUGGCAAGUGAUGAUCCAAGUGGAGAUACGUUUUUGAGCCAAUGUGCUAAUUCGAGCGAUAUGUCCUGGAUCAGGAUCAAGCAAUGUGUGGAUAGUGGUCUAGGUGAUGAUUUAUUCGUCCAAAAUGGAAAUCUAACUCCCGAUUUUAUCAAUUAUGUUCCAACAAUAAUUUUUUAUGGUGUUUACAAUGACACGCUACAGGAGCAAGGAGAGAAGGAAUUUUUGAAGACGGUUUGUGUUUUGUUGGGUCAAGAACCGAAUUGUGCUAGUUAUUUGUAA